AGACCUCAAGAACUUUCCUGCUCCUCUUCUCUUCUCAUACUUAACAUCCCCUCUCUCCGUCUCCCCUCUCCACUCUCCUCUUUCUUCCACUAUGGAUUCUGACCCACAAUUUCCCUACAACGAGUCCAGCGAAGCCUUUGCUUUGAGCGGUAGGAUUAUGCUAACUGCCAUUGUUAUCAUCUUAUUUAUUGUAAUUUUGAUGGUUUGUCUCCACCUCUACGCCCGCUGGUACCUCCUCCGUGCUCGACGCCGCCAGAUUCGCAGCGCACGGAACCGCCGUACUAAUCUUAUAUUUUAUAUUGACCCUUCCAAUCCCACCGCCAGUAAUGCCACCAUCCCCUCUCGUGGUUUGGAUGCUGCAGUUCUUACAUCAUUGCCUGUAUUUGUUUAUUCAUCCAAGACCCACCCGGAUUCCAUUGAGUGUGCCGUUUGCUUAUCUGAAUUCGAAGAGAAUGAAACGGGUCGCACUUUACCCAAAUGCAACCACAGCUUCCACAUCGAGUGCAUUGACAUGUGGUUCCAUUCUCACUCCACUUGCCCCCUCUGCCGCUCCCCUGUUGAACCCGUACCGGAAAAGUCCGCCCAGUUAGAUUCGUCAGUGGAUGUUAUUGAACUUGGUUCCAGCUCCGGUUUGUGCGCCACAUGUCAGCACGAGGGAGACCAUGUGGGUGCAUCUACCUCGUCCUUUGGGGGUCGAAGGAAACCAGCGGAGAUGCUGGGAGUGACGAUAGAAGUACCCAGAAGAAACGUAAAUUUCGAAGACGAGGCAGUCACCGAGUCUCCAGCUUAUAGAUCGCCGAUGAGUCGUAUGUUGUCUUUUAGGAGGAUUCUGAGCAGAGAAAGAAGAGGUAAUGCAUCUCCUUGUUCAGUGAACCAAGCGAGUUACGGUGGGUCAGUGAGCGAGUCAGACCUGGAAAACGGCAGAGACGAAAACCAGCGUAAAGUGGGCUCGGUGAUGUGAGUAAGGUGUGACGUGGUGCUGUAUACGACGUUGAAUGAGAAACGUUUGGGUACUGUCAGCUUUACGUAGACUCGACUGGAGGGGACGAGAAAAUUAUUUAGAUGAGAGCGAUUUGAUGUGCAAGUGGGAGGGGGAGGGGGCCUCCCUUGUAGAUACAUCGCCGCCUUGGCCCUUGGGUUACUUUGUUUGACUUUGACCCGUGUAUAAUUCCCUACUCAAUUUAAUUUUUGAUUCCCAUUUACAGUGGAUGACUUUUAAGUCGUGUUAUCGGAAAUAUUAUUUUUUUUAAUAUAUCUUUAGGUAAUUCACUUUUUUUUUUUAAUAAAGAGAAUGAUGGAUGUUGGAACUUGCA